AUGAAAAAGCCAAGAUCAAAAUCCCGAUUUCUCGAUUGGUCACUCCAAUUCGUGACCAACACCUCAGAUUGGUCACAGCAAUUGACACAAGAAACUGAACCAGUACAUGAAGAAGAUGCAACUAACGAAGAAGAAGAAGAGGAAGCAGAAUCAUAUUCAGAACCACCUGAAGAGGCAAAGCUUUUUGUCGGUAACUUACCCUACGAUUUUGACAGCGAGAAAUUGGCUAAUCUCUUCAAUUCUGCCGGAGUAGUAGAUAUCGCCGAGAUAUUAAUCGAUUGA